CCCCAAAACAUUAUCCAUUACAAACCAUCAUUCAACAAAUUACAGUUUACACUACUACUACACUAUCUCAUUAGUCAAAGCCCGACCCGAAUGGAAUCCCCACCCACUGUCACCGGAACCAUCAUCUUCUCCACCGUCGGCCGAACCGACUACGGUUUCGAUAUCUUCUCUCUACCUCUCUCCAACCCUUCCAAAUCAACCGAACACCGUCUCACUGAUGGCAUUUCCAUCAAUUUUAACGGUCACUUCCUUGAUGACAACCAAACCCUUGUAUUCAUCUCCGAACGAACCGGGUCUCCUCAAGUUUACUUAACCCGACCCAACUCCUCUACCCUACCGGACCUACCGGAUCCGCUCCCGUCUAUUCCGGGUAGUCUCUUCCAUGACCGUCCAAUACUCCAUGGAAAUCAUCUCAUAUUCGUUUCAGCUCAUGAACAACCUUCUGGUUCCCUUUACAAAAGCUGGUCAGCUGUUUAUUCCACCAUUAUUGAUAAAAAUCAAAAACCAGAAUUUAACCGGUUAACCCCUGUUGGGGAAGCUGAUUUUAGUCCUGCUAUUUCACCUUCUGGAAACUUCCUUGCAGUUUCUUCUUAUGGUUCUAAACCUUGGGGUGGUGAAUUUCAUGAACUUAAUACACAAAUUGUUGUAUUCCCUCUUUCUGACCCAUCUAAACGCACCGUUUUGGUUGAACGUGGUGGGUGGCCCACUUGGGGUUCUGAUAACACCGUUUACUUCCACCGUCAAUCUGAUGACGGUUGGUGGAGUAUUUACCGAGUUGAUUUCAAUUCUACUGAGUCAUUCUACCGAGUCACUCCACCGGGUGUUCACGUCUUCACUCCUGCUGCGAUCCGAGAUGGUAAAACUAAAAGAAUCGCUGUUGCUACUCGGAGAAAAGGUACGAUUUACCGUCAUAUUGAAAUUUUUGAUACUGAGUCAGGCGAAUUUCACCCGGUCACCGAGUUAAUCAACCCGGGUCUCCACCAUUAUAACCCGUUUGUCUCACCCGGAUCUAAGUUCAUCGGGUACCACCGCUUUCGGGGAUUGUCACAAGGAGUCAAAUUAAUCCCGAAUCUCGAACCUGUUAACUCUGCAUUCAACUCUCUGAAAAUGAUGAGAAUCAACGGCUCAUUUCCUUCCUUCUCAUCUGAUGGUAAAUUCAUUGCAUAUAAUCAUGAUUUUGAUGGAAACGGAGGGUUGGAGAUCAUGAAAUCAGACGGUUCAAAAAGAUGGACAUUAAUCAAAGGGCGAGUAGCUUUCUACAAUUCAUGGGCUCCAUUAACAUCCGAUAAGAACAAGCACGUCAUAUUUACAUCAUUAGGAUCCAUUUUCCAACCAGCCCAAGUAUCCGUCCAGGUUGCUCGGGUCAGUUUUCCCAUUUCCAGUCUUAAUCUUCAAACCAAAGAGAUUGAGAAUGUACAGAUAAAAAUCAUGACAAAACCAGAAACAGGGAAUAAUGGUUUUCCGGCGUGUUCUCCUGACGGAAAACAAGUGGUAUUCCGGUCAGGUAGGUCGGGUUACAAGAAUCUUUACUUGAUGGAUUCUGUUGACGGAGAAGAUAACCAUAUUCAUCAGUUGACGGAUGGUCCAUGGACCGAUACCAUGCCCAGUUGGUCACCGGAUGGAAAAUGGAUAGCGUUUUCCUCCAACCGUCAUGACCCAAACAAUCCGGUUACAUUUGGGAUAUACAUGAUCCGACCCGAUGGAUCCGACUUGAGAAGAGUACAUAUUGACGGGUCCAAUGAUGCAGCAAUGGAGAGGAUUAACCAUGUAUGUUUUAGCCCGAAUGGAGAAUGGUUGUUGUUCACGACGAAUAUGGGCGGAGUAACGGCGGAGCCGGUGAGUUUUCCGAACCAAUUUCAGCCGUAUGGUGAUUUGUUUAUAGUUAAGGUGGAUGGAAGUGGGUUGAGAAGAUUGACAUGGAAUGGGUAUGAGAAUGGUACACCUGCUUGGCAUGGUAAUGGAGGAAUUGAUGUUGAUUUUGAGAAAUUGUGUUUAAAUGGAGAUGAUGAGUUAGAUUGUGAUGAGUUGAAAGGUGAAUUCAUUGAACCAUUGUGGAUUACAUGUAAUUUUUAAUACUUAUAGUUUGAUUGGAUAUUGUGUAAUAGGACUGAGUAAGACUUUGUAUUUGUAUUUGUGAUGUUCUUCUAAAGUCUCUUCGGUGUUGGUAUUGAAUCAAAGAAAAAGAGAAUGAUUUUAAUGAAGUAAAAAAAUCGGCCUAAUGUGUAUAUUGAUUCAUUAAAUUUGUUGAGAUUAAUAGUGAUUUGAGUGUACUAAUUGAUUUGUGCAUUUAUGUGUAAAUUAUUUAAUGAAGGUAAUGAAGAAGUGCACUAAUUGAAGGUAAUGAAGUAUGACUUAUUUAAUGAAGAAGUGCAAAAGAGUUUGUAGAUGCUCUACAAUGUUUAGUCGAGUAAAGUUGUCCCUGUACCUCGCUUGACCAAGGCGCUCGAUCGAACGGGUUCUUGGAUGGGUCGAGCAGAUAGUCAGAAUACUUCUAGUAGCCUCCUGUGCCUCGCUCGAUUGAGCGGCUCUCUAUUUUGGUUGAGCAGACCUUUUGAUGUUCCUAGGAUUCUGUUUUGACUCUUCAAGUUUUUAGAGCUUUUCAAAGUUAUUAAUUUAUAGCUUUAAUGUAUUAAAUGUUGAUUAGUGUAAUUUCACUUAUAAAUAGGAAACUCAUUUAUCCAUCCAAACACAUCAAACAUAAACCCUUAAGCCUAAACACACGACCUUUGUUUUAUCUCUUAUUCAAUUGUAAUACUUCAUUUGUAAGAGUUGUUUAACUCCAUUGAAAUAGUAUAAACAAGAAGCUACGCACCACGGAGGACGUAGUCAUCACUGGGUGAAACUCCUUAAA